AUGGUUCGGAGCGAAGAGGAGGCGAUUUUCCGGUCGGCGGAGAUGUCGCUGGUGCAGUUCUACAUCCCGCAGGAGAUCGCGCGGGACACUGCGUACACUUUGGGGCAGCUGGGGCUGGUGCAGUUUCGAGACCUGAACGCCAAGAAGCAGGCGUUCCAGAGGGCGUACGUGGACGAUAUCAGGCGGUUGGACAACGUGGAGCGUGUGUACAGGUAUCUGUACAGUCUUCUGCAGAAGCAUCGCAUCCAGCUGUUUGAGAACGGGGAACUCCGUGAUGGGAGUGUAGGUGGUGACGCUGUCGCUGAACCACCCAGCGGGUCUGCCAUUGACGACCAUGUGCAGAACGCUACGUUCUUGGAAGAGCGUUUGAUGGAGAUGGAGGACGGCUGCGAUCAGAUCAAGAGACAGCGCACGGACUUGGAGCAGUACCGGUUCUUGUUGAGGACCGCGGACGAGUUCUUCUCCCAGGACAUGGACGCACCACAAUCCCAGGCCAACGAUACACCACAACCUACAGACGAGGAAAUGGGUAACGCAGAGACAACUAGGUACGGCGGUGCAAACAGCUCCGUGAACUAUGUGUCCGGUGUCAUACCAAGUGAAAAGACACACAUCCUGGAACAAAUCCUAUGGAGAACCUUGAGAGGUAACUUACUGUUCAAACAUGUAGCAAUUGAAAAGCCACUCUACGAUGAGAAGACUGGGAAAUAUGUAAAGAAGGACGCAUUCAUUGUGUUCUCGCAUGGUGACUUGAUUAUUAAGCGUAUUAGAAAGAUAGCUGAGUCACUAGAUGCCAAGCUGUAUUUUGUGGACUCGAGAUCUGACCUGAGAUCUGAAAAGUUGUUGGAAAUAAACAGAAACUUGCAGGACUUAAACACCGUGCUACAGACGGCAAUGGUUACUUUGGAAAGUGAAUUAUACGCUAUUUCAAAAGAACUGAACUUGUGGUUCCAUGAAGUCUCAAAGGAGAAGGCAGUAUUCGAAACAUUGAAUAAAUUCAACAACGAUGAAAAUAGAAAGACCUUGAUCGCAGAAGGUUGGAUCCCAAUGGAUCAAAUAGAUAUACUGAGAGCAAAACUGGAGGAGAUGGUAAACAGAUUAGGAAUUGAUUUCCCUUCGACACUGCAAGUUCUAGAGACUACAAGCACACCACCAACAUACCACAGAACAAAUAAAUUCACAGAAGCCUUCCAAGCUAUCUGUGACUGUUACGGUAUCGCCCAAUACAGAGAAGUCAACCCAGGUCUACCAACAGUGGUUACUUUCCCUUUCAUGUUUGCAAUCAUGUUUGGUGACUUGGGGCAUGGAUGCAUCAUGUUCUUAGCUGCUUUAACGCUAGUUCUAAAUGAGAAAGCUCUGGGUAAGAUGAAGAGAGACGAAAUUUUUGAUAUGGCCUACUCUGGUAGAUACAUUCUAUUAUUAAUGGGUCUCUUCUCCAUGUACACGGGUUUCCUUUAUAAUGAUAUCUUCUCUAAAUCAAUGACAUUUUUCAAGUCUGGUUGGGAAUGGCCAGAAAGUUGGCACAAGGGGGAAGCCAUUUUUGCUAAACAAGUUGGUACUUAUCCUAUAGGUUUGGAUUGGGCUUGGCACGGUGCUGAAAAUAAUUUGCUAUUCACUAACUCAUACAAGAUGAAAUUAUCUAUUUUAAUGGGUUUCAUUCAUAUGACUUAUUCGUAUAUGUUCUCCCUUGUUAAUCACCUUCACUUCAACUCUUUCAUUGACAUUGUCGGUAACUUUAUUCCUGGUCUAUUAUUCAUGCAAGGUAUCUUUGGUUAUCUAUCCAUUUGUAUUGUUUACAAGUGGACCAAGGACUGGAUCAAGGAUGGAAAGGCUGCGCCAAGUCUAUUGAAUAUGCUGAUCAAUAUGUUCCUGUCUCCUGGUAACAUCGAUGAGCCGCUUUAUCCACAUCAAGCCAAAGUUCAGAUGGUUUUGUUAGUUACUGCCCUAAUAUGUGUUCCAUGGCUACUAUUUGUGAAGCCAUUACAUUUCAAAUUUACUCACAGCGAUAACUCAGGAAAGGCCUCAUCGAAUGAUGGUGAAUAUCACGAAGAAACAGAAAAUUUAUUACCAGAUGUUAACGAUGCAUUAGAUUUGAUAGAAGAAGAAGAGAUUGCAGAAGGUGAGGAAUCGCAUGAAGAGCAUAGUGAAGAGUUCGGUGACGUCAUGAUUCAUCAAGUUAUCCAUACAAUUGAAUUCUGCUUGAACUGUGUAUCACACACUGCGUCAUAUUUGCGUUUAUGGGCUUUAUCUCUUGCCCAUGCCCAAUUAUCUAGUGUGUUGUGGUCGAUGACCAUCGGCUUGUCAUUUGGAAUGAGCGGAUUCAUGGGUGUUUUUGCUGUUGUUUUCUUAUUUGCCUUGUGGUUUAUCUUGACAGUAUGUGUGUUGGUCGUAAUGGAAGGUACUUCUGCUAUGUUACAUUCAUUGCGUCUACAUUGGGUUGAAUCGAUGUCUAAAUUCUUUGUUGGUGACGGUACGCUAUACGAACCUUUCAAAUUGAUUGAUAGGGACUUGAUUGAGGAGUCGAUCGAGGCAGGUGUAGUUAGUACAAUAGAUGUUGAUACUGAAGAAAGUGUAGAGGAUUUUUCAAAUCUUGAUGAAGAUGGUAGUCCAAGAGACGAGCCGGGUUUUAUAAGACGUUUUUCUGGUAUUUUUACUAGAUCUUCUGAUUAG